UUCUAAUCCUCGUUUGGUUACUUCACUGGGCCAAGAGAUUCCGGUAGCUGCUCUUGACGCGGGCCGCCUCUUCUUCUUUUUCCUUGCAUCUUUCAAGUACUCAUAUAUAUGGGACUCUCUCUUAACUCACCUCUGCUCUUAUUCUCAAGCGACAUUUCUCCUCAAAUUUCGUGCGAACGAAUACAGCUGAAAAUCAUUUGGGCGAGAUGGCAGGAUCUGACGAAUUAGCUGGCUUUGGGGUGGUGGACUACGCCGUUUUCUGCCUAAUGCUUUGCAUCAGCACGGGAAUUGGUAUCUUCUUUGGCAUCAGAGGCAACAAGAACACAGAAGACUUCCUGAUGGGGGGAAGAAGUAUGUCAACCUUGCCAGUUUCCAUAUCUCUGCUUUCGUCCUUCAUCUCGGCCAUUUCCAUUCUGGGAUUCUCUGGAGAAACUUACGCUCAUGGUCUUCAGCUCAGCAUAUUACUUUUAGGAGCCUUCAUCGGUAUAUUUGUUGCUACCGUGACCUUCCUGCCUGUUUUCUACCCCCUGAAGCUGACUAGCGUUAAUGAGUACAUCGAGAUGAGAUUCCAUUCGAAAGCCUUACGCCUUGCCGUCUUGCUGCUUGGCUCCCUAUCCGGAUUCCUGUACACCGGACUUUGCCUCUACGCCCCUACGUUGGCCUUGGCUUCAGUCACGCCCAUUUCUGUGGAUACCUACAUCGUCGUAAUAGGCGUCAUCUGCACCAUCUACUGCUCUAUAGGUGGUCUCAAGGCUGUGGUCUGGACCGACACGUUCCAGAUGUUUGUCAUCGUUUUAGGUCUGGUGGCGAUCGUCAUCACGGGCAGCGUAAGAGUCGGAGGAAUUGCAAAGGUGUGGGAAAUUGGCACACUACACAAUCGUACGGAACUGUUCGACUUCAACUUCAACCCCUACCAACGUCACAACUUCUGGAAUAUCAUCACCAUGGGCGUGUCCGUGUACUUCUCGAUGUAUGGUGCCAAUCAGACCAAUCUUCAGAGGGCGUGCUCCGUGCCCACGAUGGGUGAUGCCAUCAAAGUCUACUUGAUCAACCUCUUUGGCAUGGUUUUUACCUUGUCACUAGUAUUCUUCAGUGGUCUUUGCGCCUUUGUCAACUACGCUGGCUGUGAUCCUAUAUCAAGAGGCCACAUUUUCUCAAAGGACCAGAUCAUUCCUUACUUUGUCAUGGACAAGGUAGGAUUCUUCGGGAUACCGGGGCUCUUCGUUGCGACGCUCCUCAGUGGCGCUUUGAGCUCUAUGUCCUCGGUCAUUAACUCCUUAGUGGCAAUGAUCUGGUCUGAUCUAGAGGAGAGAGUCCCUUUCUUCCGCAAUAUGUCUCAGAUUGGAGCUACUCUUAUCAAUAAAUUAAUGUCUUGUGCUAUUGGAGCUAUCAUGGUAGGCCUGGCAUUUUUCUGCAAAGGAUUUUCUGGACUGUUCCAAGCUGCCUUCACCAUCCUGGGUAUCAUGGCUGGACCUACUUUGGGCAUCUUCACUUUAGGCCUCGUCUUUCCUCAUGUGGGCAAGAAGGGAGCCUGGUGUGGCAUCUUAGGAUCUGUAGGCAUCAUGACUGCAGUCGUUAUAGGCGCAAACCAGUACAAUCCACUACCUGAACCGUUGCCUGUCUCUACCGAAUUGUGCAACAUCACUUCCAACGGCACAGUUGACGAAGUGACAGUGGCAGAUUUGAGUACCACCGAACUCUUUUCAACACCGGGGUAUGAAAGCACCAUGAAGAGAAGACUGAAUGGAUCUGCCCUGGAAAAUCAGGUGUUUGAUGAGGACGCAAAAUACACAGCGGCUACCUUCGAGGUCACCACCCUCGCUGAUAUCCUAGAGGAUCAGCCAGGGAAUUAUUCAAUUAAUGACUGGCCGAUGAUGUAUCUGUUCGGUAUUUCGUACACGCUUUAUACGCCUGUGGGAGCAAUUCUCUGCCUUGUUAUUGGCAUUGUCGUUACAAUGAUCACAGGAAGCGAAGACCUGACACAGAUGAGACCUGAACUCAUAGCUCCCAUGUGUCGUUGGCUCCUGCCGAAGAAGGCGCAGCAGGGGUACUCUUCAAACGCCACGUACACGCCCAUAGCCACCGAUUUCAGGGACGUCAAGGUCGACCUCAGAAGUAAUUUGGCCGUUCCUCCCCCUCAUAUGAUGCGCCAGUCUAGUCCUUGAGGAGCGGAGCUGGGGAGAUGACACUUCAAAUCCAGCUACUAUACAUAUAGGGAUAAAGGAUACGUCUGUGAUUUUAUUCAUAUAUUAUAUAUAUAUAUGAUAUGAGUGUGUGUGAUCAUUCACAUGCAGUGCAUAUAUAUAUAUAUAUAUAUAUAUAACAUAU